AUGAUCGACCUUGGACAUCCUGAACCUGUUGUACCCGGACAGAGACUAGGAUAUGCAGAAGACUAUUCUGCAGGAACCGGCACCUAUGAACGCGAUGGACUGCUUUAUUCGAGUGUAGUUGGACUGCGCCAUGUUCUCCAAGCAGCCGAAGGACAAUUACCACUCCUCACUGUCACACGUGAAAAAGAACAAUCUGCUGUACCAGAAGUUGGUAGUGUGAUCACAGGUAAAGUGAUUCGAGUGAGUCCAAUGCAAGCCGUUGUAGCAAUCAUGGUAGUAGGUGAAGUGCCUUGCAAGGAGGAUUUCGUGGGAUCUAUUCGUGUGCAGGAUGUUAGGGCUGCUGAAAAGGACAAGGUCAAGAUCUACAAUUCAUUCAGACCCGGAGACAUUGUUCAGGCAGAGGUUAUUUCUCUUGGCGAUGCGCGUUCCUAUGUUUUGUCUACAGCCAAGAAUGAACUGGGCGUAAUCUUUGCCACUAGUGUAGCAGGUGCUACUAUGAUCCCGGUGUCUUGGCAAGAAAUGCAGUGUCCAAAAACCAAAGCAAUCGAAUACCGUAAAUGUGCAAAGCCAUUUUAG